AUGCUCCGCCUCGCCGUCUCCCUCCUCCUCCUCCUCGUGCUCGCGCCACCGCACGCCGCGGCGGCGCCGGCGUGGGGCCCCACGGCAUGCCCCUACGACCUCGCCACGGCGACGCAGAUGAUCCCGCGCGAGUGCUACGCCAACGCCACGGCCGGGCAGGCCGCCACCGGCUGCUGCUGGUACGUGUUCGCCGCCUACAUCUUUGCCGCCGCCGACUAUGCCAACCGCACGGGAGCCGCGUUCCUCCCGCUGGAACCCGCCGCCGCGUGCUCCGACGCCUUCGCCGCGAGGCUGGUCACCUUUGGGCUCGUGUCGCCGUCGCUCCUCUCCAACAACGGCUCGUGCGACCUCACCGGCGACCCGGGCAAGCUCGCCGCGGGCUCGCGCCCGUGCCAGCUCGCCGCCCUCGCCGACGUGAGGGCCAUGGCGCCGCGCGCGCUGCCGAACGCCACGCGCCUCUGCGCCGCGCCCGGGGUGGCGCGCGCGCCGCCCGUCGGGCCGGACGACCCCGGCUGCGCCGCGUGCCGCGGCGCGGUGAUCGCGACCACCUACGAGAUGCUGGCCAGCGCGGGCACCAAGGAGUUCGUGCCCUGCGGGAUGGCGGCCACCGUCGCCGUCUGGUCCCGCGCGCCGCCGCCGCUCGAGCGGUUCCGCGCCUACGCUCUCUGCAUGCUCCAGGUGCUCGAGAACGUCAACAGCCUCGGCACCAGCGACCUCGUCCCCUCGCCACCGCCACCGACGGCCACCGUGGCGACCCAGUCGCCUCGUCUGCCCAGCUCCGUCUCCUCGAGAAAGAAUACCGUCGCCAUCGCCGUCGGCUCGGCGUCAGCGGUCGUCGUGUCCGUCGUGGCAGUCGCCUCCGUCGCGAUGGCCAUUGUAACAAUUCGUCGCCGGCGUAGGACGGCGAUGGCAGGGGACGGCGAGGGCGAAAGCGACGACGAGUCGGUGGCGUCAGUGCCACCUCUGCCACGGGAGGGCCUGUACAUCUUCACCAAGUCGGAGUUGAAGCAGGCGACCAACGGGUACGACGAGAAGCUGCUGCUCGGCAGCGGCGGCGCCGGCAAGGUGUACCUCGGGCGGCUCCCGUCGGGGCAGCGCGUGGCCAUCAAGAAGAUAUACAGGUCCAAGAAGGUGGCGGAGUUCUACGCGGAGGUGGCCGUGCUCGCCAAGCUGCGGCACCGGAACCUGACGACGCUGGUGGGCUACUGCCUCGGCGGCCGCGGCGGCCACCACGCGCUGGUGUACGAGUACCUCGCCGGCGGCAACCUGUGGCGCGCGCUGUUCCAGGGGGAGCUGCCGUGGCUGCGGCGGCUGCAGGUGGCGGCGGACGUGGCGCAGGGGCUCGCCUACCUGCACGGCUUCCGCGAGGGCGCCGUGGUGCACCGCGACGUGAAGCCGACCAACGUGCUGCUGUCGGAGUCCGGCACGGCGAAGCUGUCGGACUUCGGGGUGUCGCGGAUCAUGCCGGAGGGCGGGACGCACGUGUCGACGGAGGUGCGCGGCACGCGCGGGUACGUCGACCCGGAGAGCUUCUCGGCGGGGCACGUCUCGGAGGCCGGCGACGUCUACAGCUUCGGCGUCGUGCUGCUCGAGCUCGCCACGGGGAUGCGCGCCGUCGUGCCCACGCCGUCGGGCGGGGCCGAGUCCAUCGUCCACGCCGCGCACUGGGCCGUCGGCCAGGCCGGCGGCGAGGCCGCCGCCGCCGCGGAGUCCAUGGUGGACGAGCGCCUCGGCCCCGACUGGGACAGGCCCACCGUGCGCGCCGUGUUCGCGCUCGCGUGCCGGUGCGUGCGCCCCUACAAGCACGAGCGCCCGGCCAUGGGCGAGGUGCUCGCGGAGCUCAAGGCCAUGCUCGCUGACUACGCCGCUCGAGCCGACGGCGACGCCGACCGAUCGUCGGCGACGAUGGCGACAUCAUCAUCCGCCGCCACGCCGGACCGGGCGUCACUUCCGUCGACGUCGUCGUCCGCGGCGAACACCGAAGUGGUGCCCGCGGCGCCGCGGCACGACAGUUAGGCUCGUGCCGCUGUCGAACACCUGGCAGGUAGGCCCGAUCGCAGUAAAGGCGAGGCGUCCACAUGUCACUGCUCGCUUGCAAGUCGAAUCAAAUCAAACCCACAAGUUGGAUGAUUUUGUAUAAAUCCUAAUCUCAACUACUUCCUUCUCACCGCUGCUUGAAAGUGAUCAGUGAGUUCUUGAGAUCAAAGUCAAUGCCCCAAUUUAAUUAAUGAAAACUACCUGAAUUUUCGGUGUACUUAGUCUGGUGCACAUGUUUAUGAAUGAAUUUUUAGUUGACUGUU